CGUCACGUUGUGUCCAACUGGAACACUGUUGACACAGUUGGCAAAUACUUUUCGGUCAAACAAAAGAACGAAUACAAAUUCCUUUCAAUCUGUGUGCGUGUACGUGUUGCACAGCAACUGUGCGUGGCUUCUGAUAUCGGGAAACGAACUUUAAAAUCAGACAACAGAGCGACAGACGCAGCAGAGAGCCGACCAUAACAGAACAGAACAGUGGAAAAGAGAGGAGAACAGGGCAGGAGCAAAUAUUUGCUGCUGCACGAGUACGAGUCCGUCUACUUCAAGACACAAUUGAGACGCACUCCAUUUUAUUUUCACACCGCGGCAUCGUUUGUUCAGACACCGUGCACCAAUACUAACAGCAACAACUAAAACAACAACAACAGCUACAACAACAGCAACAACAACAACCAAUGCACGUAAAUGGCACAGGCGCGAGCACACACACACACAUUGACAAAGUGGGCGGUGCUGAGUGCUGGCGCACAGCACACAGCAGUUGUCUCGCUCUAGCCCAUUGAAUCGACGGCAGCGCAAAGAGAGACAGCAAUUGGUUGAAAUGCCAUUUUGUUUGAGCUUCUGCUGCGCCGCUGCUGCUGUCGCGAGUGCAUCCAUCGAACGAACGCCAGCAGCAGGCAGCCAGUUUGUUUUCUCCCUUCCAAUCGAGCGGCAGCGGCGGUUCCGCAUCGCCUUACGCUCGCGUACUUCUACGCGCCCUCUCAGACCCAGUCAAUGUGAGCGAUCGCAGCAAAUGCAGUUCAAUUUGAGUGCAAUUAAAAGAUUUAUUCGCCGUCGCCGUCGUCGAUGCGCUUCCACCUUCACUUUAAGCUCAACUGAUGCUGCAUGCAUAACGUAAACUAAUGUGAAUGUGAGCAUCGGUCGUCUCCGUCUCCGUCAUCGUCUCAAUUGCGGUUUCCGUCGCCGUCGCCGUCACCGACGCCGUCGCCGUCGCCUUUGCCGCGCUGCCAACUCGCAAGAAUUUAUGGAAUUUGGCAUUUGUGGAUUUAGCGAAAAUAUUUUCAUUGAGUGCGCGAGCAAAUGUUUUUGUGUACGCUUCGUUUUCAGAUCUCGCCCGCGUACCCCGUUAAUAUUCCCGCAACCCGCGCACUCAUAAAAGCCGCGUUAAAAUCUUAAAAAUUCACGUGUAAAUUCCGGUGCUUAUAAAUUUAAUUACUAUUUAAAUUAACUGCUAGCAAUACGCAAAACGCAAGUUUUUACGACGGCAUUAAUCCGUCACUCUCUGUGGAAAUUUACCCAUGCCCAUAAGUGAAUCACAAAGCCAAGUGUUUUCUUAUACAGUACCCAUACAAAUGAAAGUCUAUAUGCUUAUGGAUAAAGUGCAUAAAUCAGAUAAAACUCACACCAAUUCAGAGCGCAGAACAUUGGAUUAUAAAAUUUCACUUUGCGACGCCUUGCAAUUUUUCAACGGAAACUCGGACAAGGGAACGGCCCCAUAAUGGAUGCCCGGGCAAGCAACAACAAUGAUAACAAUAGCAACUACCAACAACAACAACAACUAACAGCAGUCAACAAUGUGGAAAUGAUAAUUGCAAUCGCCUGCGCAUAGAAGCAAAGCAAAGCGUCUGAAGAAAGUUAAAGCUAAAAAAAUAGCAAGGAAAAUUCAUAGAAAGCAGCAAAGAAAAAAAGGCUAAGGAAAAACAACACACAGCAACUUAAACAACAUCGAAAAGAAAAAAAACAAAAUCAAACAAAAACAUAAAGACGAAAAGUAAUUAAAGCGCUUGAUACAAACGCGAUGGUGUUUUACAAUAUGUAAAUAUAAUUAGCCGAGCGGAGUUUUCAUUCCUGGAAUUCGCCAUUGCCAACGAAGUCAGCGGCAAAUAUACAAACACAAAUACCCGACCACAAACACGCUACUGCAACUUCAGUCUGAGCCGGUUUUAUAAUUACUCCACUUUACUCCACUGGCCGGCACUUGAGUUGAGCUACCUUUUUUUUCACAUAUAUAUAAAUAUAUAUAUAUAUAUCAUUUUUGUCGGCCCAGACCGAGGCCCAGGCCGGGGGGCUGAGGCCUAGGUGCAGGCGCAGGCGCGGCCAUUGCUGCGAUUCCAAAAACAGAGAACCGAGAACUGAAAACGGCAAUUGGAAUAGCAAUUGGCUGUCGAACACUGAAAAUUUGUGGAAAAGCUCACGGAAAACUGUGAUUACUGUGAUUACUGUGUGUGCGCGCGCGUGUGUGUGUGUGUGCGUGUAAUACAAGCUCGUUUUAAUACAUCGAAGUGAACAAAUUUCAAUCGACAGAUCGGGAUUUGAGUGCGCCUGCAACUGCAACUGCGACGAUGGCAGUGUCCUGCCCAGAAGUUAUGUACGGUGCCUAUUAUCCAUAUCUGUAUGGGCGCGCAGGACCUAGUCGUUCAUUUUAUCAAUAUGAGAGGUUCAACCAGGAUCUGUAUUCGUCCUCGGGCGUGCAACUGGCCGCCUCCUCGAGCGCCUCGGGCAGCUCUCAUUCGCCCUGCAGCCCCAUCCUGCCGCCCUCGGUGAGCGCCAAUGCAGCCGCAGCGGCUGUUGCCGCCGCCCAUAACUCAGCGGCCGCAGCCGUUGCGGCGGUGGCCAAUCAGGCCUCCUCCUCCGGCCUGCAGCUCGGCCCAGUGGGCGGCGGCGUUGGCGGCGGUCCUGCCAGCGGAUUACUUGGCUCCAAUCUGCCCAUUGGCAGCAGCGCCGCCAGCGCCGGCCUGGGCAUGAGUCCCGUGCUAAGCGGCGCCGGACCCGGCCACGGCAUCCACAGCCGGACACACCAAACCAAAGAAGAAGAUCUCAUCGUGCCGCGCAGCGAAGCUGAAGCGCGUCUGGUGGGCUCCCAACAGCAUCAUCACAAUGAAUCAUCCUGCUCCUCUGGUCCAGACUCGCCGCGGCAUCCGCACGCGCAUCCGCAUUCGCUGCACGGAACGGGGGCAGGCUCCUCGGCGGGCGUCGGCCCAGCCACGGGCGCCAUGUCCAAGGAGCUGCCACUGGACACCAGCAGCAGCAGCGGCGGCGUCGCCGGCGGCGGCAGCCAAGGACGCGCUCAGUAUCUGUCGGCCACCUGCGUUGUUUUCACCAACUACUCGGGCGAUACGGCCAGCGUUGUGGACGAGCAUUUCUCUCGGGCGCUCAACUACAGCAAUAAGGAGGCAAAAGAGUGUAUAAAAUUCAUUGUCUUUGCAUCUUCCAAGAUCACAGAACAAUCUGCCAAGCUAUAGCAGCUAGUUAGAUGGAAUGAAAAUUAAAUUCCUAUUUAUUUCAAACCAUAAACUGAACCUUAAACUAAACCAGCUAAUCCCCACCAAAAACAGUUCGGCUCAACAGGCUAAAGAUAAAAGACAUUGGCGGCAGACCCAAACCCAUGGAAACACUUCCUCUCAGUAAAACAGGAAGGU